AACUAUAUAUAUUAUGUUAUCCAGAACAACAAUUAACAUUAUUAGGAGAUCGAUGUGUAGCAAUGCACGUACAUUUUAUUAUGUACGAAAUUCUUUACAAUCAAAUUUCUUGACACACGUUAACAAUACAAAGGAAUACGAUAUACAAAAUCAUUAUAAUUCGUACAUGGUGAAAAGAUUCAAAUCUAAUAGAAGAAAAAGAGCUGACAAUAAAAAAAAAGAUGAGGAUUCAGAUGAAGAAAAAGACGAAUACGAAGAAGAAGCACCUGUUGGAUCAAAAGUACUUACAAUAAAUGUUGCGUCUCUUCGAUUAGAUGCCAUUUCUAAAGCUGGGUUUGGAAUACCGCGCACUAAAAUAGAGGAAGCAUUUUAUGCAAGUAAGCUUCGUGUCAAUGGGAAAAAAGUAUUUAAAAAAUCUACAGAGGUAGAAGUAGGAGAUGAAAUCGAUAUGGUUUUACAUCGAGAUUUGGAUAAUCCUGGGCUUCUAAUUGUAAAUAGAAUUGUGAUACUAUCAAUGAGUCCUUUAUCUAAUUCUAUACGAAUUAAAUUGUCCACUGAUAAAAAAUUAUUAAUUGAAGAUUAUGAAGAACCAUGGUCAGGCGUUUAAUUUUUGUAGCAUAUUAAUGUCAAAUACGGAUUUUUGGAAAGUCCAGUGCAUACUAAUUCCAUAAAAUGACGUACUGGUCCUGAUUUAGGGCACCAUUCUUUCAAGUGACGUUCCAUAAAGACAUGUUCUGAAAAAUGAACAUUCUGCUCCUCUUCCAUAUCUGGAAUGAUAUGAUAUAAAUGAAUUAUGAUAUAUAUGAAC